GUGUUUUGUGUGUGUGUGUGUGAGUCAGGUCAGCGCGCGCUGUGCCGCUGUGCCGCUGUGUGGGCGCUGUGGCUCUGCCUCCGGCAAUGGUCAAACACACUAUCAAGAUCUCCGCGCGGCUCCGGCCCACCAACAGCCCGACUGGGACUUAUUCCAUAGAUGAAGAAGAUAAUGGAAAUCCACUCCUGGAGUUUGUUGUGCCACACAACUCUGCUGAUGGAUAUAUAAACAAUAAACGAGAAAGCUAUAAAUUUAAAUUCCAGAAAAUCUUUGAUCAAGAUGCAAAACAAGAGGAUGUUUUUGAUAUUAUUGCCAAACCUGUUGCAGAAAGUGCACUUGCAGGCUACAAUGGCACCAUUUUUGCUUAUGGACAGACAGGCAGUGGGAAGACAUUUACUGUUACUGGAGGAGCAGAGCGAUAUAGUGACCGAGGAAUCAUUCCCAGGAUUCUCUCUUAUAUGUUUGAACAGUUUCAGAAGGAUAGCAGCAAAAUCUACACAACCCACAUUUCCUAUUUGGAAAUUUACAACGAAUGUGGUUACGAUCUUCUCGAUCCACGUCACGAAGCCUCCAAACUGGAAGACUUGCCUAAGGUGAGCAUUAUGGAAGAUGCUGAUCAGAACAUUCACCUGAAGAAUCUUUCCAAUCACCAGGCAACUAAUGAGGAAGAAUCUCUGAACCUGCUUUUCCUGGGUGACACUAACAGGAUGAUUGCUGAGACUCCGAUGAACCAGGCCUCAACCCGCUCCCACUGCAUUUUUACUAUUCAUAUCUCAAGUCGAGAGUCUGGCUCUGCUACUAUAUGUCGUUCCAAGUUACACCUGGUGGAUCUGGCUGGCUCAGAGCGUGUUACAAAGAGUGGAGUUGGAGGACAGCUACUGACGGAGGCUAAAUACAUCAACCUCUCGCUGAGUUACCUGGAACAGGUUAUUAUUGCACUUGCAGAAAAGAAUCGCACCCAUAUUCCAUAUCGAAACUCAAUGAUGACUUCUGUUUUGCGAGACAGUCUGGGAGGAAACUGCAUGACAACAAUGAUUGCGACAAUAUCUGUGGAAAAGAGGAACAUGGAAGAAUCUAUUUCGACAUGUCGAUUUGCACAGAGAGUUGCACUUAUCAAGAAUGAAGCUGUAUUGAAUGAAGAAAUAGAUCCUAGAUUGAUGAUUAUUCGAUUGAAGAAGGAGAUUCAGCAGCUGAAGGAUGAGCUAGUCAUGAUCACAGGACAGCAGAGAACAGACAACCUCUCACAGGAAGAAAAGCAGAAGUUAGAAGAACUGAUCAAAGUAUUUCUGGAAGACACUGACCCUGAGGCCACACUUGAAGUUGGAGCUGACAUGAGGAAGAUUCAGCAUUCCUUCCAGCGAUUAAAGCAAUUUGCAAAUGAACUGAAAUGCUCCAUUCCUAGCCUGCUGUUAGAUAGUGGUCUCUCUUCCUCUAACCUGAACGGCGGCGCAUUCAGAGAAGGCAGUGCAGCCAGUAAUACAGAGAUGAAAAAGUUAACAGACCUCCUACAGCAACGAGAUAAUGAAAUCAACAUCCUGGUCAGUAUGUUAAAGAAAGAGAAGAAGAAGGCACAAGAUGCCAUCAACAAACUAAACAUGGAGAAUGGGGAACUGACGCCUCCCAAUAGUGCCCUGUCCUCAGGGUCAAGUCAGAUGUCGAGACAAGCUUCUGAAGUGAGGUUUACUAGUACCGUAAGCAACUCAGGACCUGAAGCUGAUCCCAUUCACAAGAGGAGAGAAGGACAAAUGUCAUUUGGACGUCAGGAAGCUUUUGAAAUCUUCAGGACAGACUCUGCUGAUAGUGGGACUAUUGAUGACAACAAAUUGCUUCUGAAACAGCGGUUUGCUGAAGCCAAAGCACUUGGAGAAAAUGUGAAUGAGGCAAGGAAUAAGAUCAACCAACUGAAAGCUCAGAUAGAACAGAGACAGAUGCAGAGGGCAGCCUGCGGUGUGACCAGUGAUUCAGCAAACAUCACCGAGCCUGACCAGGUAGAAGACAAACUUCGAAAACAAAUUGACGAAGAAAAAAAAAGUUACAAGAAGAUGUUUACCCGACUGAAAGGGCUGAAGACCGAGAUUGAACAUUUGCAGCUGCUGCUGGGAAAGGCUAAGAUGAAGAUGCAGAAGGAUUUCGAGGUCUGGUGGUCUGAAGAGGCAACAAAGCUCCAGCUCCAGCAGGAACAAGCAUCUGAGGCUAUCGCUCAAAGGGACUGGAAGAGUCCUGUGUCUCCACCAACAUCCCAGAUGAACCUCCACAACAGUAGUGCCAGUAGUGGUCAUGUCACAGAAGAUUCGGUUGCACAAGGCAGUUCCAGGCCCCACACACUUUCCUUGUCUCAUCUGAGACCGAGUUCAGGCCUGGAUUCAUCCAUUCCCCUGACUGGAGACGGGCAAACCGAUGCUGACAUACUAGCAUUCGUCCGAGCACGGCAGAACCUUAUGCAGAAGAAAGGUCUGGGGAAUAAAUAAAUGCUGUUUGGACACUGAAAUUAUUUGCACAACAAAACUGACCCCUGGAAAGGCUUUUCCUGGGAGUAGCUGCGCACACCGUUCACAAUCACAGGAAGAAGAUGGUGAUUUUAUGGAAUGUAUAACUAGAGUUGAAUCUGUUUCAGAUCACCAUGGUCAGAUCAUCAUUCCAUAUCUCGUAGUAACAAUUUUUCUUGAAGAUAAUCAUAAACGUAUACAGAGAAUUGUCAAUAACUCAACCAGCCUUUCCUUUAUCUCUGCCUUUCUACGGAUGUUGUUUUAAAACAAGUGACAUCACUUUAUGACUCAGGUAAAACUGGUUAGGACCUAGGCUAAGAUGAAUACUUUCUCACAGAUUGAGGGAUUCAAGAAGAUGGCUGGAUACCAGGGAAGUAGAAAUAUUACAUGAUGCAGUGAGGAGGCAGGGAAAUCGCAAGAUCUUGAUCCCAUGAUCCCUGGAAUGUCCAAGAUAGGCUUCAUACAAUACACUACUAUAUAAAUUUAGAUUUAUGCAACAUCUUUCACAUCGGGAGAGUGUCCCAAAGCACUUAACAGUACUGUCUGGGCACCUAAGCUGGGCAUGGGAGCUGAGGCGAGAAGGGAAAGAUGACUGGAGAGUUAAGACUUGAGACGGAGCUUGAACGAGGUGAGGGAGGGAGCGAGUCAGAGAGAACUCCAGGAUGGAACUCCAGAGAAUGGGGGAAGAACCCACAAGCUGAUGGUAGGGCAGGGGAUAUGAAACAGGCUGGUGCACGCUGAUGAGCAAGUGGGUCUUGGAUGAGGUAUGGGGUAUGGGAGUUGGGUCAAUGAACAUAAAUAUUCUGCUGUCUGUUCCUUGUGCCGUGACGUUCUAAGAUUCUCCUGGCCAGGGGCCCGCUGCUGUCAGUCUCUUUCACACUCACGGCUUAACCACUUUGUCAACUCCAUAGAAAAACAAAAAUAAAGACAAGAAUAGAAAACUCAAUGCUGAUUCUAUGUAACUGUUUGAUUCCCGGGCAGGGCAAAACGU